AUUGGAUAUACUACAGCACAGUAACUAGAAAAAGCGGAAGACAGUUCCGUGUGAUUGAGAAGUACAGACAUUUUUACAUAAAUAUAGGCCUCCACAGAUCAACAGGGAAGCAUCAUGGGUGGGCAUUUGUCCAUUGAUCAGAAUGUUCAUGUCGUGAUUGUUGGUGGUGGUUUUGGUGGCAUUGCAGCUGCUCAGCACCUCAAACAUCAUGGGGUGCCCUUUAUGCUUAUUGACGUCCUGGAUGCAUUUCAUCACAAUGUUGCGGCACUGCGUGCUUCAGUUCAAAAUGGUUUUGCAAAGCAGACAUUCAUACCAUACAAAGAAACAUUUGGGUUGAAUUUCCUCCAAGGCCGUGUGAUACAGAUAGACACAGAAACCAAGACAGUUGUGCUUGACAAUGGAAAGGAAGUACGCUAUUCACACCUCAUUCUGUGCACUGGAACAAAUGGACCUUUCCCAGGAAAACAUAAUUCUGUGGACACCUACCAAUCAGCCAUUCAGAAGUAUGAGGACUUCAUAAAAGAGGUCCAGGCAGCAAACACAGUCCUAGUUGUUGGCGGAGGAUCCACCGGUGUUGAAAUGGCUGCUGAACUCAAGACAGAAUUUAAAAACAAGAAGGUGAUUCUGAUUCACUCACGUGAGGACUUGGCUGAUCCUGAACUACUGCCUAGUGUGAAAGAACAAGCCAAACAGGUGCUACUGGAAAAGGGGGUGGAGCUGAUACUUGGGCAGAAAGUGUCAAACCUUGAUAAGCUGGAGCUGAAUGUGUGUCAAAGUGAAAUGGUGAUAAAGACCAAUAAGAAUGAGCAGAUCACUGCUGAUUUAAUCAUCUGCUGCACAGGAAAUAAGAUCAACUCUGAAGCAUACAGCUCCAGUCUGAGUGCAUGUCUGGCAGCCAAUGGGGCUCUAAAGGUGAACAAGCACUUGCAAGUGGAAGGCUUUGACAAUGUGUAUGCUGUGGGUGACUGUGCCAAUGUCAAUGAACCCAAGAUGGCGUAUCAUGCUGGACUUCAUGCUGGAGUAGCUGCCUCUAAUAUUAUUAACAGUCUGUCUGGAAAAGCUUUGACUUCAUACUGCCCAGGAAAUGUGACUAUGCUGCUUGCUAUGGGGAGGGAUGAUGGAGUCGGCCAGUUUAAUGGUUGUAAGCUACCUCGCUUUCUGGUCACCAAGGGUAAAAGCCAGGGCCUGUUGCUUUGGAAGAGUUGGAAGGAAAUGGGGCAAAAAGCCCCUAAUUAGUUUCAGGCUAAUGAUCAUUGUCUAUUUUAUACUGACACCGUCCCAUAUUAUAGUGUAUGUGUUGAGAAUCUUUUAUUUUUAACACUUUAAGCUAAAUAAUGUUAACAUUAUGCACUGUCUUAGGAUUAGAAGUAAAUACACUGUUUUGAUGGAUUAUUUAUAUUGUUAUAUUCUAAAUGUACUAUAACCAUAGUAUAUACAUAAACUGUACAUCAUAAUAUAUUCAUAAAAUAUCAUGAAUACUGGUGUUUGUAAAAUUUACUCAGCACAAUCAGAUGUACCAUUUGUUAUGUUUAUACAUAUCAGAAAAGUAAAUACAUUUACAUUAAGAAUAUGUUUCUUCUGUGUUUUUGCUAAAAAUGUGAUUAAAUUUGCAGAUGCACUGCUAGGCUUUAAAUAUACGCAUGGCUGGUGUAACCGGCCUCAGGUUUUUCUCCACUAGAGGGCAACAAUAGACUAAGAAUCCAAUUACCAUAGUUCAGCUAAACUGUUCUGCCUAAGUGAAGCUAAGUAGAUAAAGUUUUUACAAGAAGACAGUAAAUAGAAGAUAUUGUACACUUGCUUUCAUAAAGUAUUUAAAAGAAUGUUUCGGGUUCAGUACAAGUUUAGCUCAAUCGAUAGCAUUUUUGGCAUAAUGUUGAUUUACCACAAAUUAAUUUUGACUCGUCCAGCCUUUUCUUUAAAAAAGCAAAAAUAUGGGUUACAGUGAGGCAUUUCAUUGGAAGUGAAUGGGGAAAAUUUUUGGAGGGUUUAAGCACUCAUGUUAAAACUCAUGUAUUAUUUGAUCUGUUAAGUUAUUUAAAUUGUUAUUUUAAGGUUUGUUGACAUUACAUCAUCAUGGUAAAGAAGGUGUCAAAUUGGCUAACUUUACAAAGAUGCGGGUUGUAAGCGAUUCUAUCACACUAAAAUCAUGUUAACAAAUAUCCUUUAUGUCUCAUGGUUGUACUUUUGAAACUGUAUUUUAACAUUCAAAAAUUGGCCCCCAUUCACUUCCAUUGUAAAUGCCUCACUUGCAAGACAAACAGAUGAAGGGUGCUGAUCAGCCAUCAAAGAGUAGGGUCAACUAAGUAAGUAGGGAUCAAAUCAUAAUAUAGCUAGUUAUAGAGUGGUCAAACUUUAGAAGUAUGAUAAAAUUUAUGAGAAGCACAAAACUACUUGUGCGCCAUAAUUUUUCAAAAUCACGCAUGAGUGUACAGUUGAUAUAUAUGUAAUGGGUAGAAAAAACCUAAAGGUAGCCCAGGCUAAAAGUAAUUGAGAGGGACAUAUGUGAGUGGUAUAUGAGGAAAAAAGGUCACUAGCGUUUUUGCCAGAAUAAAGUUGUAGCCACGGUGUCGUGCAACAUUCACUCCCCCCAAUUCACUCCACCCCCUAGCUGAUAUUAAUUGACAUUGAUUUAAACACUGGAGUCGUAAGGAUUAUUUUUAUGCUGCCUUUAUAUGCAUUUUGGAGCUUCAAAUUUUGGUCACCAUUCUUUUGCAUUGUGAAGAUCAACAGAGCUAAAAUAUUCUUUGAAAAUUCAUUUGUUUGUUCUGCAGAAGAAGAAAGUGAGAAAAAAGGUGAUAAAAUGUUGAGAGAAGUUUAUAUUUUGGGUGAACUAUUCCUUUAAGAGUAUGCUUCUUGUUGAAGGCUUUCAUACAAGUCUUGAACUGCAUGUAUAGUGUGAAAACUGGAAUCAACUCAAAAAGUUUCCAGUUUCUUUAAGGUAAAAAUGCUAUAAGUCUUUGCUUUCUGUGAUUCAAAACUUCCCAUUAAGCUUCAGUCAUGCUUGGAGCUGGUGACUGGGGAGGCCGAAGGCAUUUGGUUUUCAUGAAACAGCUCCUGAAUUAUUGUCCUGAAAUCAAAGUUGUGCUCUUUAUACCAAGUUACACAUCUUUGUGCGUUGGCCUUGGAUACAAGUGAUCUUUAAAUGGCAGUGCUACCAUAAAUUCCAACUUUUUGAAGCUUACGACUCACAGUUUUGGGUAGGUACUGGGUCACAGAGCCACUGAUUCAAUUCAGAGGGCAUUUUUGAGGCUGUACUUUUUUGGCAUGUAAGCCACUACACUGUGGGGUGUCUCUCUAUUCCAGUGUGAAUGUCAACUUGUAUGUAUCUUUCUCUAUCAAUGCUGUUUGUUCAUGUUUGACAUUUGUGGUUAUUGAUCUUUGACAAUUAAAAAUU